AUGUAUUUUUCUGAUGAAUUAAAAGAUGAUAAAGAUGUAGAAAUAUUAGGAAAAAGAUCUCGUGAGGAUUACAUUAUUCAUGAGGCUGUUCUUUUCUUAAUUGAUGUCUCCAUUCCAUUUGACUUAGAUCAAGAAAUAAACAUAAUUGUAAAAACAGCAUUAACCGCUGCAUACGAAAUGAUACUUCAAAGAGCUAUUUCUAAACCAAUGAUUUCAUUUGGAAUAUUGCUAUAUGGGACAAAAGAUACAAAUAUACCGGAAUUUUUAUUAUAUCCUAAUUUAUAUUAUUUAAUGAAUUUGAAUGUUCAAAAUGAUACAAAAAUAUCUAAAAUAAUUUUCCCGACAAAGGAACAGCUUUUUCUUUUUAAUGUAAUGGAAUAUGCAAGUAAUCUAUUUAGAGAAUUGCAUUCAUCUUAUAAAUUAAAAAGAAUAUUUCUUAUAACUCACAAUGAUGAUCCAGGUCUAGGUUUUGAAGAUUAUAAAAAAAAAACAUUAGCUUCUGUUUUAAAUUUGUAUAAUUCAAAUAUUACAAUAGAACCAUUUUUUAUUACAGGAAAAAAAGAGUUCAAUUUUGAUAAAUUUUAUAAAGACGUAUUAUACAUAUCAGAAAAUACUGAUAAAAUUGAAAAUCAUUUAACAUAUGAAAUAUUAACUACUGAUCAAAUGCUUAAUGUAAUUUUAAAAAGACAAUAUUCCAAACGAUUUCUCUUUGAAUGUAUGCUUCAAGUUGCACCUAAUUUGAAUAUUGACGUCCGUGGUUAUAUGUUGUUUAAGAAAAGAAUGUCAAUUAAAGCUCAAAAUAUUUAUACAAAAUCUAAAGAACCACAAAUUGUUAAAACUACAAUUAAUUAUAUUUGUCAAGAAACAUCCACACUUCUAAAAAAUGACGAUAUAAAAAUGGCAUACGAUUUUGGUGGAGAAAAAAUUUUAUUUUCAAAAAAACAGAUAGAUUCCUUACAUUUUUAUGGGGAUCCUGUUAUUAGGAUAUUAGGUUUUAAACCAUUAGAUCAAUUACAUUUUUGGGAAAAUAUUCUUCCAUCUUAUUUUUUAUAUCCAAUAGAUAAUAAAAAUCAUAGUUCUUCUAAAAUAUUUAUAUCUUUAGCUCAUGUUCUUUAUAAACAUGAUAAAAUUGCAGUAGCAUGGUUUCAUCCAUAUAAAAACUCGAAUCCAAGAAUAUGUGUUUUAGUUUCUAAUUUCGAUAUUAAUGAAAAACAAAAAAGAGGUUAUGAACUUCCACAAGGAAUUUUCGCUAUUAUUUUACCGUUUUCAGAUGAUAUUAGAUUAAAUCCUCAACAGACUUCUGUAAAAGCACCUGAUGUUUUAAUUGAUAAAAUGUGUGACAUUAUAGAACAUUUAAUUGUGAAUACAUAUAAUCCAUUGGAAUAUAAAAGUCCAGGUAUACAAUGGAUUUAUAAAAAACUGCAAUCAAUCAUACUUGAAGAAGAUUCUUGUAUAUCUAUUGAGGAUAAUACAAUACCUAACUAUCAUUUAAUUUAUGAGAAAUCAGGACAGUUUAUUCAUAAAUGGAACGAACUAUUGACAACAUUAAAUGGAGUCUCUGAAACAACUAUUCAAAAACUUAAAAGAUGUAGAGAUGAUAUUGACAAUUAG